AUGCCAGGCCGCUUGCUGAUUGGAGUUGUGCUGUGGGUGAUCGUGCCCUUCAAGCGUGCGGAGCCAUCUGAUUACCCACCUUGGUUUCCAGCUGUGGAGAUCGAAGACUACGAGUGCCGGCGGGCUUUCAAAGACCAGCCUGUGGUGAACUGGCCAUUGUUGCGACAGCGCCUGGGCGACCUGGUGAAGUUGGUGCUGGACGAUCGAAGCCUGCUUGUCAAGCAAGACGUCGCAGCCCUCCAGCAUCAGACCUUGCAGCUCGAACUACUGGAGGUGGCUGCGGUAGUGCUGUGGCAGUUCCCACAUGCGUUGAAUGAGUGCCCCUAUGGAGCUGUUACAGCCUCGGUAUUUGCGACCUGUAUGGCUUACCUGGACAGAUCCGAGCUUUCUGCAAGCCCAUUGCAGGCACCUUACGUCACGCUUCUAGAGCACUUAAGGCGAGAAUCUCUGGCUGAGCUCUUGUCUCGUGAUUUGUCCGUGCUGCUAGACUUGGCGCCGCUGCACGUUACAGCUGCAACCGAGUGGCACACGUUUGCUCUGCUUCACAUGUACCUUCCCAAGAUCAGGCCACACCACAUGCAGGAGGUUCCAAAUGACCGCGUCAUGUGUGUCGGUACCUCCGUCGCGGGCUACACAUCUGAACGCAUGCUGGACAUGAUCAGGCGUCACACUCCAUAUGCUUCUGGUCGCGACAUUGAGGGCCUGAAAUUUCUCCGUGGCUUAGACGGGCUGGUCUCCGCUACGAUGAAGGACCCCAGGGAGUUCUCGACCACUUACGUGCCCGCGUGUCCUUGUGGUGCUGCAGCAUUUGGAGUUUCGGCGGCCAUGUUGGCCUUGAUGUCCAAUCCCUCCCUUUUCGAACGCUUCAGCAACAUGGCUCACGGGAUCAUGCGUGCCUACACCCUAGAAGUCCUCAAGGGUGCCACUGUUUGGGGAGUGUUUCAUGGAUUGGCGAAGAUGGGAAUGUUUGCCCUCCGCUCCUACGACCUUGUGUGGUCCUCUCGGGAACUCUGUGAACUGCCCGCCGAGCCAAGUGCUUUCGACUCCUUGCGGAUGGAUGCUGACCUGAGAUUGAAGCAUCUUUCCGCAAAUGCGGAAAGGCACCCGCACUCCGUGACUCGGCUGGUCACAUCAUUCCUGGAGCAGGUCAAGGCCGUACGGGAAGAUCCAGAAGUCAUGGUUUAUGUGACUGCCGUUGGCGGUUUGCCCUUUGCCAACUACAUCACAGGAUUCAUCAGAAGAGCUUUGGUGGUUGGCCUGCCUGCCUUGAUCAUGGCAUGCAUGGACCAGGAUGCCGUCGCGAAGUGUAAGCAGGCUGUUGCAAGUGUGCAGCGAGACGUGCGCGGUGAUCUGUCUGAGGAGAAGACCAUCCUGUGUGUGCCAGCAGUUGAAGGGCAUGUUAUCUACAUCAAGCAUGCCUUCCUGCCAAUGCUCCUCAGUGCGGCGGUCGACACGGUUUGGAUCGACUUUGACACCUUCAUCUUGCAGGAGCCAUCCGCUGCACUGCGCUCCACUCGUGACUCGCCUGGCCGCGUUCUGCCCUUGCGGUCACGAGUACGGUUUGGCUCUUUCUUGUUCGACAACACAACGGACUUGUGCGCUUUGUCCAAGAUCUGCGAUCCCAGGCAGUACUGGACAUACAACGUGACUUCCACAACUGCGGAGACCGCGACGGAUCAUAAGGGGGUUGAGUUGCUGGUCACCGAACAUUGGGAUGCCCGCUGCCUAAACAAUGGUCUGUUCUAUGCACGGGCCACAUACCGAACUUUGAUAUUCUUCACUUUGUUUCUGAAGCAAAUCUAUGUGAAUCCGUACACAGACAACCAAAAUCUUUUUGAUGCUUUCCUGGCGCAUUCUACUGUUGACUCGGCUGUGCCUGAUGCCAGACCAAUCCUGAACUACGCGUUGUUGGAUAUCGAAAAUUCAUUUGGCUGUGCUGAAGGCCACGUGAAUACAGCUGUCCCUGGACAUCCGGAUGGCUUGACGACUUUUCAUUUUUGGGCAUCUGACUUCCGAACGCGUGAAGCCGCAGGAGAUGAGAACUCGACUGCCGCCCGCAUAGUCGCGCGAAAUGGGGUGGAACGAGUGGCCAAGAUAAGGGCAGGCAAGGACGACUUGUUCGAGAUUUUCUUUGGGCCUGCUGCCCAAGCGGCUUAUGAAGAUGGCGUUCCAGCAGCCGGAGCGGCCUUCAUACAACAGGUCCGCGCCCCGAAGCCAAACUGGAAGGGCAUGUGUGCCGUGACGGCUGUGGGAGUGGAGGAGCUGGUGGAUGAACGCAUGCUUCAAGGUGAGCAAACACUCAUAGACUGGCAAGCAGCUACUCACGUCACGGCCCGUGCCGAGCCCCAAGAGCCCGAACCUGUUACGGCCAGCGGCUGCGACCGAGGGCCGCGUUGCAUGGACAUCCCGCUGGAGGAGUGGACGUCGGCGUUGCAGUCCGUCGGGGAGCUCAGCCUUGGGAAGUUCUUGGAAGAAGGUGAGGUGUCGCAGCUCAAGGCACGACUCCGAAGCUUGGAUGUUGGGGUUCUUCUGACUGCACGAGCCUUCAGCUCCCGUGGUCUCCAGACCCUGGCCAAAGAGCUAAGGGAGGUCCUGCGGCAUCCUCCCACCUUCACUUAG